AUGCAUCUCUCUCGAGAAUUACUUGGAAAUGAAUUCUCGACCCAUAGAUUAAUUCCAUUGAGAAAUGCCAUGAAGAACCCUAGGAUUAGCUUUAUAGAUGACAAAUUCUGUCAAAUCACGUAUGAAGAUUCCGCAAGAAAUGUCUAUCGUACCGUUAUGGUAGCAUUCACUUCUGAAAGUGAUUACACCAUUUCAACUGCUGUGGAAGGAAUUCAUUUUGCUAUUGGACCAUUGUCUCCCUCUUCGUGGAAUGUUAUGACUCCAAAUAAUUGCUUGUUUGUGCAUUCCUCUUUUGCAGAGUCCUAA